GUCCGACUAGGCCCGGUAGACUUGCUGCCUUGCACCGAAACAACCAGUCGCAUAUGAACGAGCCCAUGAGUCACCUCAGGCCGUGCGUGAUGGUGUGGACUACACAUCGUCAUCUCCCAUUAACUGCAGGUUAUAUGGCAUCGACGCAUGCUGUACUCGAGGAGAAAACAAAUAAACCACACACCAAACAAACGCAGUUAUGAUGAGAAUAGCCAUCGUCGGAGCCGGAGGUCUCGCAGCCAUCCUCACCCGCCACAUCACACAGACGGCCAACCCUGUGAUAGUCCUUUCUAGAGAUGCAAGACCGGACUGGGAGCAACGCUACGACUGCCAGGUCGCCGUCGUUGACUACGAUGACGCCGAAAACCUCAGAUUCGCCCUCCAAGGCAUUGAUCUCGUCAUCUCAACGAUCCGCGGCCAUGAGCAGAUCAAACUGAUACACGCCGCCCGCCAUGUCCGGGUGCGUCUGUUUGUCCCGGCAGAGUUCGAAGGCUCGAUUUCUCGCAGACCAUCUGAUGACGACCCCCUGGACUACGGGUCAUCCGAGGCCAUCGAGCUGUUGAGACACUGCGCCGGCUCCAAGUCCCGCAAGAUGGACUACACGGUUUUCUCCUGUGGCAUCCUUUACGAACGCUUCGCCCCUGGUGGGUUGGCCGACUAUGGCAUGGGUGACCGAGCCUGCAUAGGCAGCCCGGGAGCCUAUCUUGUCGACGUCGGAAACGCCACGGCCGAUAUCGUCGAGACAGACUCGUCCGGACGUCCGGUUCAGGUAUGCAUGACUUCGGUGGAAGACGUAGGUCGCUUUGUCGCCGCGGCCAUCGAGCUUGGCCCCGGCACCUGGCCUCGGGAGUUCAGGAUGCGCGGCGACAGGAUGUCGGUUCGGGACAUAUUUGCCAAGUGCAGCAACGUCAGAGGAGUCGCAUUUACCCUGAGGACUCGGGACUGCUCUAAACUCCAGAGCGAACUCGCGCACUGCGAAUCACGACAGAACUGGACCCAGUGGUGGAACAUCCAACGCCUAAUAGCCACCGCCGACGGACGGUACGACUUCCGCCAAGCUAAUCUCAACGAGGCUGUUGACUUUCGGCCGGUCGGGUUCAGGACAUAGUUGGAGUCCCAGUGGGGGCGAUGAUAAUACUUGGUGCAUCAACUUGUGCGCUUUACCUGUAAAGGUUGGGGGGAUUCAGAAUUUCCAUACUCACCCUUUACCCAUUGUAUCACCACACAAUCCCUAUACAGCAAGCAGUAAAUGAUGACUCGUUCACUUGAUUGCCCUUAAACUGAACCUAAUGUCUGAUUAAAA